CCUCUCCACCUCUUAUGCAUAGCCACAAGGGGUCGUAUUCACCUCGUCGAUGGGAGCACCAGCCUACACGAUCAGUGACGCGAAAGCAUCCAGGGGCGGAGCUAAUUGAGCAAUUUUGGUAUUGGUUCGUUAGAACCAUACCCAAUUUACUGUGUGGGUUGCCGGUGGCAUGUCAAUUGCAUUUUUUCCAAGCUUUAGCUUGCGAUAUGUGGAAAAGAGAUAAAAAUGUAAUGAUAAAAUAAUUAGAGGCUGUUUGAACAGAAAAGGGCCUGACAAAUGUGUUGCUUGUUCUACAAUGUAUUGUACUCCAAGAUUUCAAGACUGGUCAGUAGUUAGUCAAGAGCAUUUGAGUCAGCAUCGCAUCAAGCACACAGAAGAAAAAGUUGCGAGGUGCCAAUACACACUGUGGUCGGUCUCAAGGUCCAUUACAAUACCCUUCGAUGGCUUUUUUUGCGAAAAAGAAGAAAUUCAAGUUUCAGACACAUUUGACAUUGGAGGAGCUGACUGCUGUGCCUUUCGUGAACGGUGUAUUGUUCUGCAAGCUGAGAUUGUUGGACGGUGGAGACUUUGUUGCAACUUCAUCAAGAGAGGAGGUUCAGGAGAACUGUGUUUGCUGGAAGAAGAGGUUUACCUUUGUGUGUAAAAUGAGCACCAACCCCACGACUGGAGUGCUGGAUCCCGCUAUCUGUCGGGUCUCUGUGCGGAAGGAACUCAAAGGAGGAAAAACGUAUUCAAAGCUGGGUUUUACUGACCUCAACAUGGCAGAGUUCGCUGGCUCAGGCUCUGCAGUCCGCUGUUGUCUGCUGGAGGGAUACGACACCAAGAAUACUAGGCAGGACAACUCCAUACUGAAGGUGACUAUUGGGAUGGCCCUCCUAUCUGGAGAUCCGUGCUUUAAAACUGCCCCCAGCACAGCCAAAUCCAUCUCCAUCUCAGGCCAGGACCAUGUCUUGCAGCAGGACUGUAAGGGGGAGGGCACUGGAACCCCUAACCGGCCCACUACUCUGGGCCAGUCCAUGAAGCCCAGGCCCUCGAUCAUCAGCUCAGGUCUUCCAGAGGAGCCAGACCAGACCCAGGCAGCUAGCCCAGGGGAAGUAUUCCAGUCGGGCCACUCUCGCAACUCCAGCUAUGUCAGCCAGCUGAGCAGGAUCUCAGGCUACAGCACAGAGCACUCCUGCUCCUCUAGUAUGUCUGACCUCACACACAGGAGGAACACCUCCACAGGAAGUGGCAUAUCUGGGGGCCUCAGUGUGACAGUAGACACUCCAACAGAGGGAGAGAGGCCAGAGAGACCCCCUCGACCCCCUCGGCCCGUCUUGCCAUCCAACAGACCCCCCAGGAGGAAGCAGGAUUCCGUGGAGAGCCAUCCCUCCUGGGUGAAUGACACCCGCAUCGAUGCCGACGAUAUUGUUGAAAAGAUCAUCCAGAGCCAGAACUUUGCUGACAUAAGUAACACUGAAGAUAGUAACCUGCGACUGUUUGUCAGUAGAGACGGCACCACAUCCCUGAAUGGUUUACUGCGCAGUAACAGGGUGUGUGUGGGUGUCUAUGAGCAAGUUGUGAUAGAGAGCCAUUACGACUGGUGAAGAUUAAUUUUAAUUGAGGCCUCUGCAAUGAAGCUUGUGGACUAACUCUAAAAAUAUAUUGCAGUCAUCCUGGAGCACUGGCUGAGCUGUGAGCCAUGAGGAGGACCGUACCGCACAGUUUUCACAAAUAUGAAUAAAUAACUAUCGGACAAAUGUAUUGGUAUUUUCUUUAAAGUACUACAUUUUUUAAAAACGCUACUUUGUAAUGUAUUUUUCCCUUACAUGACCCAAGGCACCAGAUCCUCUGUUAGUCUAGUCACUACUGAAGGAGACCUGGUGAUGGAGAAAGUCCUCAGCACUGUCUGACUGGUGUUUGUCCAAUUUAGACUGUAGUACUCUGGCUCCCCCUUGUGGAGAAAGGGUUUACUGAGGGAUCAGUCUCUUUCCUUCAACAAACUAUCUCAAUUGCAUACUCCCAAAUUUCCUCUCCACUCGUUUCCUUCUCAAAACCCAUUGGAUGAGAAAGCCAGAGGUCCCUCCCUUCUGACCUUCUCUUCCAAUGGGGUUUGAGAAGGAAACGAGUGAGGAUUAUGUUCCCAAAUACAGACAUCUCCUAUUCUGUCCAUUAUUUUGUAAUUACAGAUCUCAAGGAACUGGAUAGGUGUAGCAGUUUUGGGAAGUUUUAUAUGCUAUAAGUUCUAAACCCAUUUGAUGGUUAUUUGGUGCAAACACCAGAGGUAAGAAGCUAGGUGGAGUUCUCAGAUUUGGGCCUACAUAUUCAGCAUACUUUUACACUAGUAGAUGUCUCCAAACAUGAUCUUAUGAAGGAUCAUGAUUUGUUUGUGUUUUCCAACCAGCAGGCUGGUUUGUAUUUUUUAAAAUUGAUUUUAACACUACAAAGAUGGUGAAAAGGGUCCCUGUUGUAUUAUAUAUUUUAUAGAAUCUCUCUCCUAU